UGCAGUGUUGAGGCUGUGGAAUGCAGAGUGCCGUGGAGUCCCUGAAAGGGACAGCCUUGAAGGACAGCUUCUGAAGGAUAAGACAUAGAAGUUACCAUAUCUGACUCGGGGCUGCUUUUAAUCAAGUGCUGAGCAGCAAGGAAGAGAAUUUCCGAGCGUUAUGAAGGUGGAGAAGGAUCCCGAAGAUGAAGACGGUGUCGUUAGAGAUCCAAGCUAAGUGUAGCACAGCACGAGGGCUGUAGAACAGGGGAAGUUGUAGUGAGAGGGACCCAGUCACUUGUUCGGAGUUUGUCUGAGGGCCAGCUUUGUAAACGGCAGAGAUUUGUAACUUAAUGCCAAGCGGUUUGCUGUUAGCAACCAGAAACUCAGUCCUGUCUAUGAUGAAGUGUUGGUUUUCUUGUGCUUCUAAAAACAGACAUGUUGCAGAUUGGAAUAAAUAUGAUGACCGACUGAUGAAAGCAGCAGAAAGAGGGGAUGUGGAAAAAGUGUCCUCAAUCCUUGCUAAGAAGGGAGUCAAUCCAGGCAAACUGGAUGUGGAAGGUAGAUCUGUCUUCCAUGUUGUGGCCUCAAAGGGGAAUCUUGAGUGUUUGAAUGCCAUCCUUCUACAUGGAGUUGAUAUUACAACCAGUGACACAGCAGGAAGAAAUGCUCUUCAUCUGGCUGCAAAAUAUGGACAUGCAUUGUGCCUACAAAAACUUCUACAGUACAAUUGUCCCACUGAACACGUUGACCUGCAGGGAAGAACUGCGCUUCAUGAUGCAGCUAUGGCAGACUGUACUUCUAGCAUUCAGCUGCUUUGUGACCAUGGGGCCUCUGUGAAUGCCAGAGAUGUAGAUGGGCGGACCCCACUUGUUCUGGCUACUCAGAUGUGUCGGCCAACAUUAUGUCAAAUGCUGAUAGAUAGAGGAGCAGAUAUUAAUUCCAGAGACAAACAAAACAGGACUGCUCUUAUGCUAGGUUGCGAGUAUGGUUGCAAAGAUGCUGUAGAAGUCUUAAUUAAAAAUGGUGCCGAUGUGAGCUUGCUGGAUGCCCUGGGCCAUGAUAGUUCUUACUAUGCAAGAAUUGGUGACAAUCUGGACAUUCUAACCUUGUUGAAGACUGCGUCAGAAAAUACCAACAAAGGGAGAGAACCUUGGAAGAAAGGACCAUCUUUGCAACAGCGGCAUUUGGCGCAUAUGCAAGAAGAAGUAAAUAGAAAGCCAAAUCAGAGGGAGCAUCAGAACUUUCAGGAUCUGGAGAUUGAAAACGAAGAUUUGAAGGAGAGGUUGAGAAAAAUUCAACAAGAGCAAAUAAUAUUGUUAGAUAAAGUCAAUGGUUUACAACUACAACUGAAUGAGGAAGUAAUGGUUGCUGAUGAUCUGGAAAGUGAGAAAGAAAAGUUGAAGUCCCUUUUGGCAGCUAAAGAAAAGCAACACGAAGAAAGCUUAAGAACUGUUGAGGCUCUGAGAAAUAGAUUAAAGUGUUUGGAGAGUGAUCAUUUAGCGUCAGGAAGUCACUUUAGUAACCGAAAAGAAGAUAUGCUUCUUAAACAAGGUCAAAUGUACAUGACAGACUCACAGUGUACUUCCACAGGUAUGCCAGCCCAUAUGCAAAGCAGAUCUAUGUUAAGACCACUGGAGUUAUCUUUACCCAGCCAAACCUUAUAUUCUGAAAAUGAAAUUUUAAAGAAAGAGUUGGAAGCAAUGAGAACUUUCUGUGAUUCAGCAAAACAAGACCGACUCAAGCUCCAAAAUGAACUGGCUCACAAAGUGGCAGAGUGCAAAGCUUUAGCACUAGAAUGUGAAAGAGUCAAGGAGGAUUCCGAUGAGCAGAUAAAACAAUUGGAAGAUGCAUUAAAAGAUGUGCAGAAGAGAAUGUAUGAGUCAGAAGGCAAAGUCAAACAGAUGCAGACACAUUUUCUCGCCCUUAAAGAGCACCUAACCAGUGAAGCAGCUACAGGGAACAGCAGAUUAACAGAGGAGCUGAAGGAUCAGCUGAAAGACAUGAAAGCAAAAUACGAAGGCGCUUCAGCAGAAGUGGGAAAAUUAAGAAACCAAAUCAGACAAAAUGAAAUGUUAGUAGAAGAAUUUAAGAGGGAAGAAGGCAAGUUGAUAGAAGAAAAUAAGCGAUUGCAGAAGGAAUUUAGUAUGUGUGAAAUGGAGCAAGAGAAGAAAGAAAGAGAGGUCACAGAGAUGGAAGGCCAGUUAAAAGAAUUGGUAGCAAAAUUAGCCCUUUCUGUUCCGACAGAAAAAUUUGAAAACAUGAAGAGCUUAUUAUCGAAUGAAGUGAAUGAGAAAGCAAAAAAAUUAGUAGAGAUGGAAAGAGAGUAUGAAAAAUCUCUUAGUGAAAUUAGACCGUUAAAGAGAGAACUUGAGAACUUGAAAGCCAAGCUUGCUCAGCACGUCAAACCAGAGGAACACGAACAGCUCAAGAGCAGAUUAGAGCAGAAAUCAGGAGAACUUGGGAAGAAGAUCACUGAAUUAACAUCGAAAAAUCAGAUGCUACAAAAGGAAAUUGAGAAGAUUUAUCUGGAUAAUAAACUCCUCAACCAGCAAGUACAUAACUUAACAGCUGAAAUGCAAAAUCAUUAUGUUCCUUUAAAAGUAAGCGAAGAAAUGAAAAAGUCACAUGAUGUGAUUGUUGAAGGUUUGAAUAAAAAGCUUUUAGAUAUCACACAAAAAUAUUCUGACAAGAAGUUAGAAAUGGAGAAGUUGCUGAUGGAAAAUGACAGUUUAAGUAAGAAUGUUAACCACCUGGAAUCUGUGUUCAUACCUCCUGAGAAACAUGAAAAAGAGACAAUGGCUCUGAAAUCCAAUAUUACUGAACUUAAAAAACAACUCUCUGAACUUAACAAAAAAUGUGGUGAAGACCAAGAAAAGGUACAUGCACUCGUGUCUGAAAACACUAACUUGAAAAAGACUCUCAGUACUCAGUAUGUGCCAGUUAAAACCCACGAAGAGGUAAAAACCACACUGAGCAGCACGUUAGAUAAAACUAACAGAGAAUUAUUAGAGAUGAAGAAAAAAACUGAAGAUAAAAAUCAGGACUUUCUAAAAAUAAAACACGAGAAUGAUAUAUUAAAAAGAAACCUGGAAAACACUCAGAACCAAAUGAAAGCUGAGUACAUCAGCCUAAAAGAGCACGAGGAGAAGAUGAGUACUGUAAGUAAGAGCUUGAAAAAGGCACAGGGUAAUAGUGCCGAGCUAUUGGCCAACUACAACAAAGGCCAAGAAGAGAUUGCGAGGCUGCAUGCUGAAAUCGAAGCCCAAAAGAAGGAACUUGACACAAUACAAGAAUGCAUUAAGCUAAAAUACACUCCAAUUAUCAGCUUCGAAGAGUGUGAGAGAAAAUUUAAAGCAGCAGAGAAAGAACUAAAAGAACAGUUAGCAGAGCAGACCCGAAAGUAUAGUGCCAGGGAAGAGGAGGCCAAGAAAUGCAAACAAGAGAUUGACAAGUUAAAGAAGGAGAUUCUCUCCCUUCAGAAAGAUUUAAAGGAGAAGAGUGUUCUCAUUGAGAAUUCUCAUGAAGUGGAAAGAGCUUUAAGCAGAAAAGCAGAAGACCUAAACAAACAGUUGAAAGACCUGUUACAGAAAUACACAGAGGUAAAGAAUGAGAAAGAGAAGCUAGCAGAAGAAAAUGCCAAACGGACCCCUGAGAUACUUGCAGCACAAACUCUUUUGCAAAAACAGCCUGUUCCGUUGGAGCAGGUUGAGGCCCUGAAAAAAUCUCUGAAUGGUACAAUUGAGAAUCUAAGGGAAGAGCUGAAGAAUAAGCAAAGGUGUUAUGAGAAAGAGCAGCAGACAGUGACCAAACUGCACCAGAUGCUGGAGAAUCAAAAGAACUCUUCUGUGCCCCUGGUGGAGCAUUUGCAAAUUAAGGAAGCAUUUGAGAAAGAAGUUGGAAUCAUAAAAGCUAGCUUGAAAGAAAAGGAAGAAGAAAGCCAAAACAAAACUGAAGAAGUCUCCAAACUCCAGUCGGAGGUUCAUAAGACUAAACAAGCAUUAAAAAAAUUAGAGACUAGAGAGGUAGUUGAUUUGUCUAAAUUUAAAGCAAUGAAAAGUGAUCUGGAGGCACAAAUUUCCAACUUAAAUGAAAAAUUGGCCAACCUGAAUAGAAAGUAUGAGGACGCUUGUGAGGAGGUUUUGCAUGUGAAAAAGAAGGAACUCUCUGCAAAGGAUGAGAAGGAAUUACUACAUUCUAGCAUUGAGCAAGAAAUCAAGGACCAGAAAGAACGAUGUGAUAAGUCCUUGACAACAAUCACGGAGUUACAGAGAAGAAUACAGGACUCUGCUAAACAAAUCGAAGCAAAAGAUAAUAAGAUAACUGAACUGCUUAAUGAUGUUGAAAGACUAAAGCAGGCCCUCAGCGGCAUUUCACAGCUCACCCACACGAGUGCGAGUCCCAGCAAGAGACAGAGUCAGCUGGUUGAAACCCUGCAGCACCAAGUGAAAUCCCUGCAGCAGCAGCUGGCUGAUGCUGACAGGCAACACCAAGAAGUAAUUGCAAUUUAUCGGACACACCUUCUUAGUGCUGCACAGGGUCACAUGGAUGAAGACGUCCAGGCAGCCUUACUGCAGAUCAUCCAGAUGCGGCAGGGGCUUGUGUGCUAGCGAUGAGCACUCACCGCCACUGUCCGCUUUGUCUUGCUGGUGCUGAGCAUUCUGUGUGCAACUCCACACCUUGCUGGGCCUUACUGUGCUAAGCAUCAUUAAAAUAAAAUAUAUUUUGUUCCAUCAGUAGAUUUUUUUUUUUUAAUUAGAUGCGUAUGCUACUGAGUUUUUCAAUAUCAGUUCCAAUCUUAUAUUCUAUAUAUGUAAAUUUUACAGUUUGGCAAACAGCAUUAGCACUUUGUUUGGACUGACUAUGUAUUUUUAAACUUUUGAAUCCCUAAUAAUACAUGAGUGGGUCCACAUGAAGAAGGUUUGGGCCGAAAUACUUGUUCAAAGAUUUCUUUCAGAGAAAUUAAUUUGGUCGGUAGCCCAUUUUUAAGUGGAUCAAAAGACCUUUCAGACCUUCAUCUGAGCAUGAGUCUUAUUGUGGGUUCAAGGAAUGCACUGUGACUUGGCUGGCCAAGUGACAUCUUUAUGGAAGUAAUCAAUGAGUGCCUUUGAUUUGUUUGGAGGUACAGGUAUUUUUUUCUUCUGAUAUUAGUAACUUUUAGGCUUUUUUUUUUUUUUGUAUGAUCUUUCUUUUCAUAAAGGGUUUGCAGUCAUAAAUUACAUUUAGAUUAAGCACAGCAGGGGUGGAAUAUAUCAGGAAUUUAUAAUAAAGUUGCCUUAUAAUCUUCACAACAGUAUCUUAAUUUUUACUCGUAAUGAGUUUUCUUGCCACCGGCUUUAAAGAACUACGAUAAAUGUAUGCUGGAUUUCUCAGUGUCAAAAAUUGUAGACAUUUUUUAGCAAUUACUUCGACAUUUGCUACUAUAGUAACCGCAACCAAGCACUCAUUAUACAUGUAUCCUCCCAAUGUUUCCUACUUAUUUAUAGGAAGAUUGCACUAAUGAGAUUAAUAAUGUGAAAUGCAGUUUUCUUGCAAGAUUCGCAUGAGAGUAUUGAUUUUAGAAAAUCAAUCUUUAAGGUUUUAGAACAAAAGUGUAGUAACACAGUCAACUCUAAGAGUAUAGAUAGCAAGAAAAUAAUAAAAUUAGACAUGUUUAUAGUAAAUACACUAAUGUAACCUACCAUUUUUAUUAACUACAUCUCAUUCGAGAAAGUUGUAUGUUAUUUUUAUUAAUAUGUUGUUUACCAUGCAGAUUGAAAAUUACUGAUUUGUUAGCAGAUAAACUGAAUAAAUGAGUCAUUUCAGCCAAAUUUUCUGAAAUUACAAAAUGUGCCUUAACGGUAAUCCCUGAGCAUACUGAACCAGGUUUCAGUCCCAUUUUUGUAUAAUAACAGGGACAAAGGACCUUCAAAAUAGCUUUUCCCACAAAAGAAUAAGCCAUUGGAUUUCUUCAGCGUAGAAACAACAGUAGAAAGUCAGAAUUGGAUUUAUUUUUAGUCCUUUAGGUGGAUGUACACAGUUGGCGUAAGUAACAUUUAGUUUCUUUAAUUAUUAUAUUCAGUGUCCUUCAGAGGACGCCUGGUGGCGCAGUGGUUAAAUGCUCAGCUGCUAACUGAAAGGUCGGCAGUUUGAACCCACUAGCUGCUCCGCGGGAGAGAGAUGUGGUAGUCUGGUUCCAUAAAGAUCACAGCCUUGGAAACUCUGUUGGGCAGAUCUGCUCUGUCCUCUAGGGUCACUAUGAGUAGCAGUAGACUCAAUGGCAGAGAAUUUGGGUUUUUUUUGUUUAAUGUCCUUCAGCAUGAGUUCUGCUUCACAAGUUUAGGUUAUAUGUUGAAGCUCUUGAGCAGAGCAAAGUUUGUGCUGAAUACUGACAUUUCAGUGUUGUAUUUUCCUUAUUAAGGGUGGGAAGGGAACCUCAUGUAUUAUUUUCUUUUGUCUUCAAUCAUCAAUAAAUUGUUAUCUGUGGAAUGUU